AAAAGCGACGCCCCCACUAUCUUACUUUCCAUUUUAGUCUCUCUUCUCUUUUAAAAGCCCCCCCUUCUCCUCUCUUUUCUGUACCGUCUCUCUAUUUUCUCUCUCUCCAAACAAAAACUCUUUCUUACCUUUCCCUCCUAGCUUUCCUUUCAAUCAUGUCUUGCUUCAUUAGCAAAUAUGCCGAUGAGCUAGCUAAAAACGCUGCCUACAUUGGCACCCCUGGAAAGGGUAUCCUUGCUGCUGAUGAAUCCACUGGCACAAUUGGCAAGCGUCUUUCAAGCAUUAAUGUAGAGAAUGUUGAAGAAAACAGGCGUGCUCUCCGUGAGCUUCUCUUCACUACUCCUGGAGCUCUCCAGUACCUUAGUGGUGUCAUUCUCUUUGAGGAAACCCUCUACCAAAAAACCGCUUCUGGUAAGCCCUUCGUUGAAGUCUUGAAUGAAGGUGGUGUCCUCCCUGGCAUCAAGGUCGACAAGGGUACCGUUGAGCUUAAUGGAACGAAUGGUGAGACUUUCACCCAGGGUCUUGAUGGACUUGCCCAGCGUUGCCAGAAGUACUAUGAAGCUGGUGCUCGCUUUGCUAAAUGGCGUGCUGUGCUCAAGAUUGGCCCUAAUGAGCCAACUGAACUUGCAAUCCAAGAAAAUGCCACUGGCCUGGCCAUGUAUGCUGCCAUCUGCCAGCAGUGUGGCCUUGUCCCCAUUGUCGAACCUGAAAUCCUUGUUGAUGGACCACAUGACAUUAAAAAGUGUGCUGAGGUGACAGAGCGCGUCCUUGCUGCUUGCUACAAGGCUUUAAAUGACCACCAUGUAAUGCUUGAGGGUACUCUGUUGAAGCCUAACAUGGUGACCCCAGGUUCUGAUUCCCCAAAGGUUGCCCCAGAGGUUAUUGCCGAGUACACUCUCCGUGCCUUGCAGCGAACUGUCCCUCCUGCCGUCCCUGCUAUUGUAUUCUUGUCUGGUGGACAAAGUGAGGAGGAGGCCACCCUUAACCUGAAUGCCAUGAACAAGCUCCAGACGAAGAAGCCAUGGUCACUCUCAUUCUCAUUUGGACGUGCCCUUCAACAGAGCACUCUUAAGGCCUGGGCUGGAAAGGAGGAGAAUCUGAAGAAGGCCCAAGAAGCUUUUCUUGUAAGGUGCAAGGCUAACUCCCAGGCCACUCUCGGUACCUAUAAAGGUGAUGCAAAGCUUGGUGAGGGUGCCGCAGAGAGCCUCCAUGUCAAGGACUACAAAUACUAAGAAUUUAAGCUUGUGGUCUAAUGUGUCAUGUUUUGCAGAGUUAAUUGCGGUAUGGAAAUUUUAUGCUUUUAGGGCUUUAUUUUUUGGGUUUUUGUCGUUUUUAUGAAAUUUAGGGUUGAAAUCAGACAAAUAAGCUUGGGAGCCUUUGUGCCCAACGAUGCUUUUCUUUUCUUGUUAAAAAGGAUAAAAAGAAUUCAGGAUGAAAGCUUAUUAAUUUAGUGAUUAAUGGUUAAUUUAAUCAUUUGAUUAACAAGUUUUUUCAUCCUUAACCCAUUCCCAUUUAAUCCUUCCAACCAAGCAAAUCUAUGUCAUGAGUUUAUUUCAGUGAAACAAUAUUCUCUGCUUAUAUCA